AGAGAGAGAGAGAGAGAGAGCAGUUCCUGUGGGCCACUGAACACUCAAUAUCAUUGUAUCUGCACAUGUCGUAGGACGGAGUGGAUAACCAUGUGGAUGCUGAAGGGAUUCUCAACUUUGGUUCACCAGAUUCUUACGGAAUGACCUUAAAGCUGUGGUUUUGAAAAUUCUUUUUGGAGGGAUUAGAGAGAGCCACUCGCGGAUCACCCGUUCCUGCGCGCAAAGCGGACUUUUUAAACAUUUAUUUAUUUAUUUUUUUUUUUUUACCUUUUUUGAAACCUUCUUUUGGCAUAUUGAAUCGGAUGUAACUCUGUUGAAAAGAGAUCUUUUACUCCUGUAAAUGAUGGCGCGCUCUUUUCUUCUGACUUUCUCUGCGCUGCUGCUGCACCAAUGCGUGUGUGUAGCGGGAUCUCACACAGCACCCACACACACUCAGCACGCGCGCGCAGUCAGCAGACACAGGAACUGGUGUGCUUAUGUGGUAAUGAAAACCGUUAGCUGUGUUAUGGAGGAUGGAGUGGAGACCUUUGUAAAGCCUGAAUACCAGCAUUGUGGUUGGGGCCAGUGCACUCGUGUUGUGGUAUAUCGGACAUUCAGAAGGCCAAAGUACAAAAUUUCUUACAAAAUGGUGACACAGAUGGAAUGGAAGUGUUGCAAUGGCUACUCAGGGGAAGACUGCAGCAACGGCCCCAAUGAUGACACACAGGUCACCAAUGGUGCACCUUCAACAUCUGGACCUAGUCCUGGGAAUGAACAGAAGGGUGGAGAAGAAAGAGGAGAGAGUGAUAAAAUCAGACAACUUGAGAAGAGGAUUGAAAGCUUGAAUAAAGAACUUCGUGACAUGCAGUCCACCUUACAGGGAGUGAAGCAAAAAGUCCACGAGGAGUCUCGUUGGUCACAAGGAGUCCACAUUAGUGGUCAGAACCCUGCUGAUGCAGCCCAACCUGAAAUGAGAGAAACCAUUAAUAGCAUUCAGACUAAGCUGGACCUGCUUGACAACAUGACACAAGUACAUGACAGGACUCUAAUAAGUAUUAACAACCAUCUGGUCAGUGGCAAUGGUGUAGGCAACGAGCUAGACAGAGGAGGUCAGUAUAGUACGCUGAAGGAUGAGAUCCUCCGUGAGCUCGAGCUUCGCAUCACACUGUCCUGCUCUGCCUGCCAGAGUGGUGUCGAGAGCAUUCGGCAGCAGCAGCAGGAGGACAGGGAGAGAAUCCGUGCCCUAGAGAAGCAUGUAAGUGUCAUGGAGCAGCACCACAGGCAGACAGUGGAGGUUUUGCAGAGAGAUCUGACUCACUCAAAGAGCUGCUGUGAUUCCAUCGUGGACGUCGAGAGGCGGAUCGGAGCACUUGAGAAGAAAGUCAGUUCCGGCGUGGAAUUGUAUGAUGUUCUAUAUGAGCGCAUUGAAAAAGAGUUGAAAGGGAUCGCAGGGAAUCCAGGACAAGUAAAUAUAUCAGAAGAAAAGCUAAACAGCCACCUAAGACACUUGGAGCGUCGGCUCAACGGAACAGUGAGGAAAGCUGUGCAAAAAUGCUCUCACACCGAGACCACUACGAAGCAUUUUGUCGAAAGAGAAAUCAGCAAGAUACGGGAGUCUGUCCACGAUCAAAAACAAUUUCAAAAUCAAACAAUUUCUAAGAUCGAACUCAGCAUGAGAGAAAUAAAUAAUUCCGUUACUGACCACACAGAUCGCGUGAACGAGUUGGAAAACAAGACGUCGGUUUUGGACAGCAGGUUGACGUCAGCGGUCGCGUUGUGUGCAGAUAUGUGUUCGACACAAAGCCAAGCAAAUAAGACCGUGGAGUUUGUGAAAGCAUUGGAAUGGAAAGUCAUUGCCAACACGGAAGACAUCCAUAGGUUUGACACUAAGCUGAAAGAUCUUUCCGUGUCUGGUGACUCUAUGAUGAACCGCAUUUCAGACCUAAGCCACAAUGUUGAGGAGAUCACAGCUCUCAUGGGUGACAAUGGUGAGAAUUUGAAUAGGCUUGUCACAGAAGUUGAGAUCUUAAGUAUUAACUGUUCUGCUUUCGGUGACAUUGAAAAAGAAAUUGGCAACUUGAGAAACACAACCAUCAGCACCUUUGGGCUCUAUCAAAAUGAACUCACUAACUUGCACAGAAAGGUGAUCUCUGAUGAAAGUGCAUGCUCACAGGUCUGCUCCAACUUGCAGGAGGAAGUGGGCAAACUUAAAGAGGAAGUGGAAAAGUGCAAGGACCUAUACCAGAUUAGUAUGACUGAACACAAGGAACACAUCCAUGGUCAGAUUAAUAUAACUAGCACAUUAAAAAAGGAUCUUCAGUCCAUUCAAGGUGAGCUCUCAGGAAUCAAACUGACCUUUAGCUCUGUUAAUGACACCCUGCAGGGAUUAGGGCACACUGUUCACAGCCAUGGCAACAUAAUAGCUGACCUGGGUAUUUCCAAGAACAAAAUUGUUUUGCAAAUUAGCAAGAUCCAAGAAGGUCUAGAUGAGCACAUUGACGGCAGCCAGGAACAGUUCAAGAACAUUAGUCAUGAUAUUCAGAAAUUUACUAGCAGUCUUUUGGUGGAAAUAGGGGAGUGUAAACAGGGCGGUCAGGACCUUGAGGAAAGGCUUUUGACAAUGGAGAAUGUUUGUGGCAGACUGGAGUCACGUUCAGAGAAUCUGGAGCAGAUCUUGACAACAAUAAGCGGACAGGUUUCCGGACUUUGGACAUUUGUUAAUGGACUCAAUACGACCCUCAUUACUCAGAGGGAAGCCAUACACAACAUUGAGAGUGUUCACUUGGAGGAUAUUCAUCGCAAGAUGAACAGUCUCAACGCCACACUACUGGACUUCCUAAACGAUUUCCUGACCUUUACUGAGCAGAAUUUUACUGGACCUCCAGGACCACAAGGAGAGAAAGGUCAUCAAGGUUUACCAGGUCCAAUAGGGCCACCAGGCAGAGAAGGUCCUCAAGGUAUACCAGGAAACGAAGGACCAAUUGGUCUACCAGGUCCAAGAGGUGAAGAAGGUCCUCCAGGAGAUGAUGCAAAAGUACCACGGCUGUCUUUUUCAGCAGCUCUUACACAACCACAGGUCGGUGCAGGCACCAUUGUUUUUAAUAAGGUCUUUGUCAAUGAAGGGAUGUCUUACAGUCCACAAACAGGUAUAUUCACAGCCCCGGUGAGUGGCCGUUAUUUCUUUAGUGCAGUCCUAACUGGGCAGAAAAACGCAAAGAUAGAGGCGGUGUUGUCGAAGUCGAACUACGGUAUCGCGCGUGGAGACUCGACCGGGUACCAGCCCGAGGGUUUGGAGAAGCCUAUGUCUGAAACACGAAGAACUCCAGGAUCUCUGGUCAUUUUCAACAUCAUACUUCCUCUAAAGGUGGGAGACACUGUGUGCAUUGACCUGGUCACAGGGACUCUCGCUGAUUCCGUCGAACCUCUUACCAUGUUCAGUGGGAUGCUGCUGUAUGAGAAUAUAGAUGCUGUGUUAUAAGAGUGAGAAAGGAUUGGUUAAAAUAUUGGAUUUUGGAUUUUAAUAUUUCUUUUUCAACAAUUUUGUACUGUCUUAGUGACUUUUAGUGAAAUUUGUAACUACAAAGCUCUUUUUUUUUUUUUACUACAAAGAUUUUUUCUUUAAAACCAUCCAAAAUAUGUUGUUAGAUCUAAGGUUUUUUUUAUGUUUGUGUCUUAAAAUUAUUUAGCAAAGAAUCGAGAAAGAGAAAGAGAGAUCAAGUCAGUCAAGUGUGUUUGUAGAAGUGAACAAAUUUGCUUGUAUGUGCUUAAGGUUCCAUUCAUUUUUUCCCCCUCAAAUAGCCAUAAUAACGCAGCCCUUAUUUUGCCAUAAAACUCCAUAUUUGGGAGGGAAAGAGUUCACUCUUGUGUUAAUGUACUUCACUGGGAAAUAACAAGCCAGCAAGGACAGCAAAAAAUAGUAUCGCAUGCUCUAAAAGAAACAGUUCAGAUAUGAAAUAACAGAAGCUAUGAGAAAGCCUGCUUUUGUAAACCAUAAAAAUGUCAGCAUGCUGCUGUUGGUUUUGUCAUGUUUUUUUUUUUUACUGUUUCCUCAACCUUGAACUUACCAUGCAGGCAAGAUAAAUAGCUCACGUACUGUACAGCAGGCUAAAGCUUUGAAGUUCAAUGUUUUUUUUAAGUGCAUUAGAGGAGCAUACGAAACAUCUUUAUGGUCUGAGACCUGUGAGAAAAUUAUAAGAACAUAUACUCAUUUCUUUUAGCUAAUUAUACUGAGAGAGAGAGAGAGAGAGAGAGAGAGAGAAAUGAGAAAAAGGAGCCAGACCCUUUAAUUCACUCCCUCAUUCACUCGCUUUUUCAUGAAGCAUAAUUUUUCAGAAAGAUUGCUGGUUCCUGGGCUUGGAACUUGUAAUAAAUGUGACAUUUGUUUUAUAUUUUAAAAGCUCAAUGUUUUUAUACGGUAUUGCUGUGUAUCAAAUGCAGUCUAAGAAACUAA